AUGUCGGUUACUCUGCACACAAACCUAGGUGAUAUCAAGUGCGAAAUCUUCUGCGACGAAGUCCCUAAAACCUCCGAGAACUUUUUAGCGCUGUGUGCGAGUGGUUACUAUGAUGGGACUGUAUUUCACCGCAAUAUUAAAGGCUUUAUGAUUCAAGGUGGAGACCCAACUGGUACUGGCAAAGGAGGGACUAGUAUAUGGGGCAAGAAAUUCAACGAUGAGAUAAGAGAAUCUUUGAAGCACAAUGCAAGGGGAAUGUUGUCAAUGGCUAACAGUGGUCCAAAUACUAAUGGAAGUCAGUUCUUCAUAAGUUAUGCAAAGCAGCCGCAUUUGAAUGGACUAUACACUGUGUUUGGAAGAGUAAUUCAUGGAUUUGAAGUUCUUGAUCUCAUGGAAAAGACUCCAACCGGGGCACAAGAUCGACCACUUGCAGAGAUAAGGCUCAAUCGUGUAACAAUGCAUUCUAAUCCACUUGCAGGUUAG